UUAUGUUCGUUUCAUGCUAUUUAUCAUUCAUAAGAAAGAUUUCAGACUAACGAAGCAAGUAAUUUCGUGUUCUAAACAGGCAAGGAUUUGGUUAUAGUGUUGACAUCAAAAGUCUCGUUCAAUUCCAUCUUCAAGCUUUUCCGGAAGCGGAAGUCUGACCGUCAAUUGCUCGCAGAGACCAGCCGUGGAGAACUUGGCAAGAGGCCGAGCGUUGGUCUCGGCAGACAGUCAGCCUUCUACUCUACACGUCCGUAGUCUUAGUUACUGGUUCGGCGAGAAACACCGAUUCCCCCGUCUACUACGUCACAUGUGACGCAGGAAACAGUAUGACGUUUGUAUUGCGCUUAUGUGACGCAACCAUAUCUCCACGGCAACGAAGGCACCUACACAAAAGAGAACACAAAAGACUGUAGAAACUAAUUAAAGCAAAACGCUCAAGAAACCAGCUAUACUACAAAACAAAACGCCCCUCGUCAGACGAUAAAAAUAUGAUAACUGUUAAUCUCACACGUGCACGCCAAAGCACGUUAAGACUGGCCACAAGUCCCCUGAAGGCAGCUGACAAAGAUGGCCUCCAAAGAGUCAGGCUGCGCGACAGCAGGACGACUGGUGCUUGGCAUCACUUCCUACACCGUCAGACCAGAGAGGGUGCUGACGUCGCUUGGCAUCAGACCCGCGACACCACUGGACGAGCGGUACUCAGUCGCGCUUCACGGACUGUGGGAGGAAACCAAACCGGCGAAGGUCCAAAGGGAGGCUGUGCAAGCACCAGCAGGUGACAACCGGUACAGCAGACUUUACGACGAGUGUAUGAAGCACAUGCCUUAUCGCUACCCCAACCCGGGGAUGCCAAGGAACCGGGAAGGCAGUGUUGGUGGUUCAUGGCGCCAUGUUAGAGAUAUUGCAAACUACAACGGCUCCAGACUGGUUUACAUGGACGGCAUAAACAGUGUUUACGACACUGUAAAUUUUACUCAGGAGCUACAGUCAAAGCAAGAGAAGCAAGAACAUCUGCGGGCGUUUUACCAGCCCAGCGAAGCCAUGUCCCCCCCAGCGACAUCUUUUGCUGCGGCGCCUAAAAUGGACAAUUUGCUGAAGCCCACACUGCCAGCUAGUUCCAUCAUGGCUGACCCUGACAUAGAGCGUAAACUGCUGCUACAGGAGCGGUUCCCGACAAUUCGCCGGGGCUUCUACGAGUACAAACCAAAGGUGCGAAAACGCACCUUUUUCCGGCAACUUUCAUCAUGGAACCACUAGAAUAUUCCACAUUUUUUAUUUAGAACCAACCCUUCAUGAACUCAAUAAUCUGUGCAGUAACAUCCUGAUGUUCACAGAAAGUAAGCAUAAAGUUCAUUAGUUCUUCAGUGUACAGGCGAAAGAUGACUACCAUGAAACUGGAUAAGGGUCUGUUGCUCCCUGUAGUCUUCUCGUGAAACACAACUCAAUAAUGUAGAGAAAUAUGUAUUUUCUCUCAUUCUCACAGCUGUGACUCUUCACCUGUACUGUGAUAUUUUAUGUAAGCUAGAUGGACAACAAACUCCUUUGUCAUGCUAAUAUCAUGUGAUGAAUUACAGUAUUCUGUACAUUUUGCUCACAUUUGCAACAGCAAGCCUUUGGAUGCGUUGCUUAUAUUGUGUAGCUUACAUGUCAUAUCUGACUAUCCAAGCAGUAUUAAACUGGCCAUAUUGCCAACUUUAUUAAAGAAAAUGGGUUUUACUGAUCACAGCUAUUUCAUGAAAUGUUC